AGCCACACCGUCCUCUCCAGUCGCCGUUUCUCACCAUCGCACCAAACUGCGCUCACAGACACGCGUCGAAACCGGAGUUGACCGGGCGUCUCACUUUCGAUGACUCUUUUUGUUUCACAUCUGAGCAGAGACAGUUGGUGGCGAUGACUUCCUACCAGAAGAGCAGCAGAGAAAAGGUCAUGAAGCUCCUGCUGAAACCUGAAAACAAGACCUGUGCAGACUGUGGAGUCGCAGACCCCCAGUGGGCGUCCUACACCAUCGGGGUGUUUGUGUGUCUCAGCUGCUCAGGCCUCCACAGAAACAUCGCUCACAUCAGCAAGGUGAAGUCUGUGCUGCUGGACCCCUGGACUCAGUCGGAGGUGGAGUUCAUGGACUCAGUGGGCAACGACGCCGCCAAGGCCAAAUAUGAGCAGAUAGUUCCAGCCUUCUACUAUCGGCCCACACACAAAGACUGUGCGCUUUUGAGGGACCAGUGGAUUCGAGCCAAGUAUGACAGAAAGGAGUUCAUCUGUGUGGAGCAACAGGAGCCGUACUCAGCAGGUUACAGAGAGGGGUAUCUAUGGAAACGAGGGAGGGAUAACGGACAGUAUCUGAACCGGAAAUUCAUCCUGUCAGAGCGAGAGGGAGUCCUGAAGUACUUCAACAAGCACGAUGCCAGACUGCCCAAAGCAAUAAUGAGGCUCAAUACGGUGAAUGCCACUUUCCAGCCGACGAAAAUCGGCAGCGCCAACGGCCUCCAGGUGACUUACCUUAAGAACAACAGCACGAGGAACAUCUUCCUGUACCACGAGGAGGGAAAGGAAAUGGUUGACUGGUUCAACGCCAUCAGGGCAGCCAGGUUUCACUACCUGCAGGUGGCUUUUCCCGGUGCUCCUGAAUCAGAGUUGCUGCCACUGCUGACAAGGAACUACAUAAACGAAGGCUUCAUGGAGAAAACUGGACCAAAACACACUGAAGGUUUUAAGAGGCGAUGGUUCACGUUGGAUGACCGCAGACUCAUGUACUUCAAAGAUCCGCUGGACGCUUACGCUCGAGGUGAAGUUUUCAUCGGCAGCAAAGAGAGCGGCUACUCGAUUCUGGCCGGCCUCCCCGCCAACAUUCAGAGCUCAAACUGGCGGUUCGGCAUCACCAUCGUGACACCAGACCGGAAGUUCCUGCUCGCGUGUGAGACUCAAGAGGAUCAGGACGAGUGGAUCUCGUCCAUUCAGAGCGUGAUCAACCGACCGAUGGCGCCUCAGGAGUACGCAGUGGAAGCCUAUUUCAAGCACAAGCCAUUUUAGAAGGACCAGAACCUGAGCGGAAUUUCUCACACCAGACCUCCACAUUUAAUGUUAUAAAUAUCAUGACUUUAUUAUUAUGAUAUAAAGUUAUUGUGACAUCUGGGUUGAGCUCAAGCAGACUUAAACAUUUUUUUUUGCUUAAUGUAAUUUUAGUCAUUAAAUAAUGUUUUUUUCUUUUUCACUUUCUUCUUCCACAAGUUGUUUUUUUUUUGUAAAUUAUAGUAUUAUGUUUUUUA